CCAUGUUCGAUGAGCGCUCGAGUGCCAACCCGCUCCACCGGACCGCCCACAAGCGGUUCAGAGGCGCUGAUCAACAGGCUGCGGCCAGAGGAACUGGUGAGGUGGCGUGCUCAGCCCCGGUUGGCGACGGAUUUGCUGAAGCACUUGGUGAGGACAGCCUCAUGGAGACAAACUUGCCAGGUGUUGCAGACAAUGCGGGAGAACUGGGUGCAGAUCAAUGUUUUUCAUGCCAGCAGCGUGCUGAGUGCAUGCGCCAAGGCCCAGGAAUGGGCAGCGGCCUUCCAGGUGCUACAGAUGGAGGAUGUGGUGCCGGAUACUGUUUGCUAUAAUGCAGCCAUUGCUGCGUGCAGAAGUUGUGGACAGUGGCAGAUGGCCUUCGAAGUGUUGGACCGCAUGGGGAAGGCCAAAGCUGCGCCGAACGUCAACAGUUUCAAUGCGGUGAUCGCCGCCUGUGCCCUGCCUGGUCUGUGGGACACGGCCCUCUGGCUGCUGCACCACAUGGGCAUUGCCAGGAUCCAGCACGACAUUAUCAGCAUCAAUAGCUGCAUCACAGCUUGCGAUAAGGCGGGGCGCUGGGAGACGGCCUUGGCGCUGCUGGCGGAAACGGAGGGGGCUGACAUCGUUAGCUUCUCAGCGGCCAUUAGCGCUUGUGGCUUCGCAGAGCAGUGGCAAACUGCGCUGGCAUUGCUGGCAGGCACUCCACUAAGUCUCAACAGUGCGUUCAACAAGAGCUCUGCGCGGGUCUGUUGGAACACCGCGAUCAGUGCCUGUGAGAAGGGGCAGCAAUGGCAGCAGGCAUUACAUCUCCUGUCCUCUAUGCCGACAGCGGCGCUGAGUCCGGACGUCAUUAGCUACAAUGCGGCCAUCCGUGCCUGCGAGCAAAGCAGUUGGUGGAGAAAUGCGCUGCAACUGCUGCAGGAUGCUGGUCCUGGUGCGGAUGUGAUCACCCACAAUGCUGCCAUGGCAGCCUGCAAGUGGCGUGCUCAGCCCCGGUUGGCGACGGAUUUGCUGAAGCACUUGGUGAGGACAGCCUCAUGGAGACAAACUUGCCAGGUGUUGCAGACAAUGCGGGAGAACUGGGUGCAGAUCAAUGUUUUUCAUGCCAGCAGCGUGCUGAGUGCAUGCGCCAAGGCCCAGGAAUGGGCAGCGGCCUUCCAGGUGCUACAGAUGGAGGAUGUGGUGCCGGAUACUGUUUGCUAUAAUGCAGCCAUUGCUGCGUGCAGAAGUUGUGGACAGUGGCAGAUGGCCUUCGAAGUGUUGGACCGCAUGGGGAAGGCCAAAGCUGCGCCGAACGUCAACAGUUUCAAUGCGGUGAUCGCCGCCUGUGCCCUGCCUGGUCUGUGGGACACGGCCCUCUGGCUGCUGCACCACAUGGGCAUUGCCAGGAUCCAGCACGACAUUAUCAGCAUCAAUAGCUGCAUCACAGCUUGCGAUAAGGCGGGGCGCUGGGAGACGGCCUUGGCGCUGCUGGCGGAAACGGAGGGGGCUGACAUCGUUAGCUUCUCAGCGGCCAUUAGCGCUUGUGGCUUCGCAGAGCAGUGGCAAAUUGCGCUGGCAUUGCUGGCAGGCACUCCACUAAGUCUCAACAGUGCGUUCAACAAGAGCUCUGCGCGGGUCUGUUGGAACACCGCGAUCAGUGCCUGUGAGAAGGGGCAGCAAUGGCAGCAGGCAUUACAUCUCCUGUCCUCUAUGCCGACAGCGGCGCUGAGUCCGGACGUCAUUAGCUACAAUGCGGCCAUCCGUGCCUGCGAGCAAAGCAGUUGGUGGAGAAAUGCGCUGCAACUGCUGCAGCUUGGACAAGUUGUGGUGGCCAUAGUAGCAGAUAUUUUUGUGCGGCAUCAUUGCGUGAAGCUGAUUUUUGGCCGUAUCCUGGACGGCAGGCAGGAUGCUGGUCCUGGUGCGGAUGUGAUCACCCACAAUGCUGCCAUGGCAGCCUGCAAGUCCACCUGUUUGAGCCUGGCUGUCCGAAAUCUUCUUGGCUCAUCAGCGAACUGCAGGUUCAAUGGAGGGCUGGUGCUGUUGGCUGUCUUGGCUGCCGCCCUGCGGUCCCUUGCUUGGGUCUCUCCGGGUUUGACCCCAGUGCCGCGUGUGGGGGUGCAGCGAUGUGCUCAGGUAGACCCUGGAGACUGCAAGGCCGUACGCAACGAUGCGGUCAGCGGUGUGCAACUUCCCACCAUGGAUGAGGAUGAGCCCGCCUGGCUGUCCUUUGUCAUUGCCCGAUAUCUGGAUGAGGAGUGGGUGGAGCAGCCUGUUCACAAGGAGAUUGGUGAAGCGGUGGCGCAGAUCUACCGUGAGUCACGCGCGGAAGGUGAUGAUGACCUCAUUGCAGUUCUGGCCAAGCUGUCUUUCGGACUUAAGGACAUGUGGCGCAGCGCUGGCUUUGGAGACGCUUUCGAAGGUCCAGUGGACGUGGCCAACCGAGUGGCAGAGCUGUUGAUGCUGCGACAAGGAGGAGAAGUUUGGAGUUACGGUCGCAGCAAUUCAGAUGUCCAGCAAAAGAUGCUGAAGCGGCUUGAAGAGUAUGAAGAGGCCAGAAAGCAGCUCGCAACCGUUGGAUGA